CCCUUUUCCAGCAAGCCCCCCCCCCCUUUUCACCAGAAGCAAUGUUGCCCAACACAUAACCACACUUGAACAGACUCGAUUGGGGCAUGGCAGCGACCCCAGUUGGAGAUGCACUCUUUCCAACAUGGCGCCCUUUUGCGCCAGCAACUGCGCCUUCUCAGGCCCAGCAGCCGGGCGCGGCAACCGCAGCGAAGAUGGAAGCACAGCAAACCCGAAGUAGACGCGACAGAGAAGGAGAUACCAAUCCCCAACACGGUGCCUACGGCAGACAUCCCCUUCUGGCUGAGGCUCGGGCCCUUGACCCGCACCGUGCAGGCGUAUGGUCGAGCACAGAGGAAGCGCCCUUGGGUCACUCAGAUCUGCACGUCCCUGACCAUCUACUUCUUUGCCGACCUCUCGGCACAGCGCAUCAACGGCAACGAAUACGAUGCCGAGAGGACCGGCCGGUCGCUGGUCAUCGGCGGCAUCUCCUCCAUCCCCAGCUUUGAAUGGUUCAUGUGGCUGUCGAGGAACUUCAACUACUCCUCGCGGGUCCUCUCCAUCCUUACCAAGAUCGUCAUCAGCCAGUCGAUAUUCACACCCAUCUUCAACACAUACUUCUUUGGGAUGCAGGCCUUCCUUGCAGGCGACAACCUUGUGGAGAUCUGGGAGCGCGUCCAGAAAACAGUCCCGACCUCCAUCAUCAACUCGGUGAAGCUGUGGCCCAUCGUCACCGCUAUCAACUUUACAUAUGUUCCCAUAGAAUACCGGAGUGUGUUCGCGGGGGUCAUUGCCGUCGGCUGGCAGACCUAUCUUACAUGGCUGAACCGCCGCGCAGAAGAGGAAGAGGCCAUCUCCAGGCCCGGGGGGAGAAUACCGCCGUCAGGCAUGAAGGCGGUGGCCUCUUAGUCCAGACUCGUGCAUUUAAGAGAAGGACCAUGGAGAAGCAGGCAUUAGACUAGAUGGCGUUUGGGUUUUGCGUGGAUCAAGUAGACAAGUUCAAAUGCCCAAGAUACCGGCAUCCAAGAAA